AUGCAACUCUCUUCGGCCGUCGCGGUUGUUCUCUCCGCCCUCAGCUUUGCCUCCGCUAUUCCUCUCCACCGCCUCAGUACCAGCCCUGCCCUGUCCUGGCAGGUUGCCGACUUCAACGCCGGCUGCUCCCCAGGCGGGUGCGUCUAUAACUUCAACAUCACGGGUGUCGCCAGCCAGAACACUCCCGGAUUCCAUACUCAUUGUACCGGCACCAGUGUCCAAAAGGACUUCGCCUUCUGCGAUGACAAGCACGUCAAGGCCAAGGUGGUUUCUCAACUGUACCCCGUGUGGACGGUCCAUGUACAACAUGCUUGGUUCCACGGUGAGGCCGAAUUCUAUGCGGCCGGUCAUGCCAACGUCACAUCCACUCAGAAGAACUUCACGAUUCCCGUCACCGAGGUCUAUGGAGUCGCCUGA